UCUUAUCCCCCUCGCUACGAACCACCGCUCACCGUCCAUUCCCCAUUUCCUCCCUUCGCCAUGGCUUCCCCCUUCUCCCCCGCCACCGCGCCUGCCGCCUCGCCGGCACUCUUCUCCGCCUCCACCUCCCGCCCUCUCUCCCGCACCACCACCUCCGCGGCCGCCGCUGCCGUCUCAGCCCGUGUUCCGUCCCGGAGAGGGUCCCGCCGCGGCCGCUUCGCCGUCUGCAAUGUAGCCGCCCCCUCCGCCACCGAGCAGGAGGCGAAGGCGGCGGGCGCGAAGGAGAGCCAGCGGCCGGUGUACCCGUUCGCGGCGAUCGUGGGGCAGGACGAGAUGAAGCUGUGCCUGCUGCUCAACGUCAUCGACCCCAAGAUCGGCGGCGUCAUGAUCAUGGGAGACCGUGGCACCGGCAAGUCCACCACCGUCCGCUCGCUCGUCGACCUGCUCCCGGACAUCCGUGUCGUUGUUGGUGACCCUUUCAACUCCGACCCUGAAGAUCCUGAGGUCAUGGGCCCUGAGGUCCGGGAACGCGUGCUGGAGGGUGACAAUCUUCCUGUGGUCACCGCCAAGAUCACCAUGGUAGAUCUUCCCCUUGGCGCCACCGAGGACAGAGUGUGUGGCACCAUUGAUAUCGAGAAGGCGCUGACGGACGGUGUCAAGGCGUUUGAGCCCGGUUUGCUGGCCAAGGCCAACAGGGGGAUUCUGUAUGUGGAUGAGGUCAAUUUGCUGGAUGACCAUCUGGUAGAUGUGCUUCUGGAUUCUGCUGCAUCAGGAUGGAAUACCGUGGAGAGAGAGGGUAUCUCCAUCUCCCACCCUGCUCGGUUCAUCCUCAUUGGGUCUGGUAACCCUGAGGAAGGGGAGCUCCGGCCGCAGCUGCUUGACCGGUUCGGAAUGCACGCGCAGGUUGGUACUGUCAGGGAUGCUGAGCUGAGGGUGAAAAUUGUUGAGGAGAGGGCUCGGUUCGACAGGGACCCAAAGGCGUUCCGUGAGUCCUACCUGGAGGAACAAGAGAAGCUCCAGCAGCAGAUUUCGUCCGCUCGGAGUAACCUUGGCGCUGUGCAAAUUGACCAUGAUCUUCGUGUUAAGAUAUCCAAGGUGUGUGCGGAGUUGAAUGUUGAUGGAUUAAGAGGGGACAUUGUGACUAACAGGGCUGCCAAGGCAUUGGCAGCACUCAAGGGCAGGGACACUGUCACUGUAGAGGACAUUGCCACUGUUAUUCCCAAUUGCUUGAGGCAUCGGCUUCGGAAAGACCCACUUGAAUCAAUUGACUCAGGAUUGCUCGUGGUUGAGAAGUUUUAUGAAGUCUUCACCUAAAUUAUUCUUGAGGUUGGUACUGUCAUUUUGUGCCACUUUUCAUCAUCACUUCUAUUCUGCUCGCUAUUUCCAUGAGGCAAUUGGACAACGAGAGCCUAGACUCACUUGUCAUUUGGGCAAUGAGGAGUUCUGCAAUUUCUUAGUGGCAUAUAAGAAGAGCUGAAAUCAACAUGCUUUAAGACGUUGCACAUGUUGUGCAAAUAUAAGGUCGUAGAUAAACGGCACAGCUAUCCAUGGGAGCAUAUUUUCCCUUUUCUUGUAUAUAAUAUCUUUCUACAAAAAUACAAUACAACAAAAUGUUAUUCUCGAAAACGGUGUAUGAGUGUCUCAAAUGAUGACUUAGAUGAUAAAUUAAUAUGUUAUUGUGACAAUUGAGGCGAAUAUGUAACUGAUAGUACUGAAGUUCUUGACAUUCCAAACUACGAAAAAAGGGGGUUAGCCUGGUUCUCUGA